GAGAGAGCGAAAGAGCCACUCCAGCCCAUGACCAACACUGCAUGCCCGCAAUGUCUUCACAACACUGAAACUCCUAAUAUUUACCAGGCCGAUUUUUCGCACACAGAAAAAAAGUGCAAUUUUCCAUUUCCCUGCGGCCAAAAUACAAGUGCAAGUGCUCGGCAAGUGCAACGGUAAUAGCUCGCGAUCGGUGCGGAUGCGGAAGAGUGCGGAAAAAGGCGUGCAAAGUGGCGUUUUGGGUGGGAAAAGCGAAAAGCAAAACCAAAAAAGGAGAGAGCCAGGCCAGAGCCUCCUCCUGCACACGCAUACAGGCGCAGGCGAAGAGACAGGGAGACACACACACAGUGGCAAGGCGCGUUUAAACCGUAAAAACUGUACAUAAACACAAAAUAAGUAAAAAAAACAAAAACCUAAAAACAGAGAGAAAAAAAAACGAGAAAAUAAGAAAAAUCCCCGUGUAAAGUACCCCCAGACACACAAAAACCCAAACAGAAUCCAAAAACCCACAAAAUGGGCUGCACCACCUCCGCCGAAGAACGCGCCGCCAUCCAGCGCUCCAAACAGAUCGAGAAGAAUCUCAAGGAGGACGGCAUCCAGGCGGCCAAGGACAUCAAGCUCCUCCUGCUGGGUGCCGGUGAAUCGGGCAAGAGCACAAUAGUCAAACAGAUGAAAAUCAUUCACGAGAGCGGCUUCACUGCGGAGGACUUUAAACAAUAUCGACCGGUUGUCUACAGCAACACAAUACAAUCAUUAGUUGCAAUACUGCGCGCGAUGCCAAACCUAAGUAUUCAGUACAGCAAUAACGAGCGGGAGAGCGAUGCCAAGAUGGUGUUCGACGUGUGCCAGCGAAUGCACGACACCGAGCCCUUCUCGGAGGAGCUGCUGGCCGCCAUGAAGCGGCUCUGGCAGGAUGCCGGCGUCCAGGAGUGCUUCUCGCGCAGCAACGAAUACCAACUGAACGAUUCCGCUAAAUAUUUCCUGGACGAUUUGGAUCGGUUAGGCGCCAAGGACUACCAGCCGACUGAACAGGACAUCUUGCGCACUCGCGUCAAGACCACUGGCAUCGUUGAGGUGCACUUCUCCUUCAAAAAUCUCAACUUUAAAUUGUUCGAUGUGGGCGGCCAGCGUUCGGAGCGUAAGAAGUGGAUACAUUGCUUCGAGGAUGUCACGGCGAUCAUUUUCUGCGUGGCCAUGUCCGAGUACGACCAGGUCUUGCAUGAGGAUGAAACCACGAACCGCAUGCAAGAGUCGCUGAAGCUGUUCGAUUCUAUUUGUAACAAUAAGUGGUUCACGGACACCUCGAUCAUCCUGUUUUUGAACAAGAAGGAUUUGUUCGAGGAGAAGAUCCGCAAGAGUCCUCUGACAAUUUGCUUCCCCGAGUACACAGGCGGACAGGAGUACGGAGAGGCGGCUGCUUAUAUUCAGGCUCAAUUUGAAGCGAAAAACAAAUCAACCUCAAAAGAAAUCUACUGCCACAUGACGUGUGCCACAGAUACCAACAACAUUCAGUUUGUAUUCGAUGCUGUCACCGAUGUCAUCAUUGCAAACAAUCUGCGCGGCUGUGGACUGUACUAAGCUACUACUGGGAUGAGAGUUUACACGCCGGUGAUCCGAUGACUGGACGAAUCGGAGGACGAUGGAACGGAACAGGCGGACGGCGGAUGGAAUAGGGGCGUUAGCAGGGAACACCGUAACGGUAUUAAAGAGCAGCGCGGGAGCACAACAACCCACCAGCAUUGAUCAAAACAAAACCAAACAAUUUAAGAGCAAACGAUGAUAGAACCAACAACCGCAACACACACAGGACACAAAGGACAAACACACUCACAACACAACUGACCACACACACCCACGAUGAUUAAGCAAAGCCCAAAGAACUUUUAUUUGUUUAACAAAAGGCGUACGGCAGCCAGGAAUCCCCUAAAGUAACGAUAUGUCGAAUAAGCCAAGCAGUACAUAACAUAUUACAUAUUAAUAUUGAAGCAGAUACAAUGCUAACGAUGAUCAGGAUGAGAUUAACGCGAAAAGGACACGCGAGCGAGGGAGUCGCAUGAAUACGAUAGAAAGAAGUAAACAGCAGCAGGCAUUUUUGAGAAGCAGUUGAUUGAAAAAGCAUUUCCUAUAUACAUACACAUAUACAUAACACAUACAUAUGCAUAAUGCAAAGCCGCAUGUACGACAUGACACAACAAACACAACACAACACAACACACACAUGACAACAAACACGCAAGCGCCAGGAGCAUUGCAUCAAGUUGUUGUUUGGUCUGAAUAAUUUUUGAUAGAAUUUCAUAAUUUACUUGUAGUUUAGUUCCCUCAUGUAUUUAUUAAACAAAAAGAUAAAAGAAAAAGAUGAAAGAAUGGAGCGUAUAUGUACAUAUACGGCGCAUAUAUAUAUAUAUACAUAUAGUUCUAUACAUAUAUAUAUAUAUAUAUAAAUAUAUUAAAUGUUUCCUGUUGCAAUCUCUCUUUGAAAUUAUUCAAGCCAUCAACGCUCUGCAUUUGUCAUUGCUUGUUUAGACUUAAGUUUGAAUAACAAUAUGUUUCAAUAACAACAUCCAACAUCCAACAUCAACAAAACGGACAGAAACAACAUUGAUUAAUAUUAACUUGAUUGCGUGUCAGCGUGUGGGCUAAAGUAAAUAUUACAUAACAUGAACAAACCAAAAACCAAAAAAAAAAAACAAAAACAAAUAACACACAAAGCAUAAUGAAAGCAAAUCUCUAAUGUCUAAGUCUAAUUUAAAGAUAAAAGUGAAACGGAUAUAAAACUCUAUCUAUUGUAUUUACAA